AACAAAACCGACUUAUUCCGAAUGUGCGCGUGGCCAAAAUGGCGACUAAAUUUUAUAAUUUAUGUAGCUGUUUAUCUCAACAAAUUUAAGCAAAUCCACGGCAGUAAAAAAUAAUAUAACAGGCAUGUGUUGUUAACGACAGUAUUAAUGUUCUAAUGCAGUGUUUAGUACAUGUUUACAGAAUCUUAGAUACUUGGAUGUUCAAGCAGAUACCACGAGGAAAUAUGUUUGGAGAUAUGUGUCAGUUGACAACAGUGAAUAUUCAUAGAUAUGUCUGCCUGAAAAAGACCUCCAUGUUGAUGUAUCAGACACAUUUGUUGUUGUUGUUCUCUCUAAAGGCUUUGGUAAGGUUAGAGUAUAAAGAGCGUUGUAAUGGCGAGCCCGGGUGAGGAUGGAGCGAUGGAGGUGGAUGAACCAUGUAGUGAGUUUACCUCAACUGAAGAUGUAAAAUCUGAAGAAAAACCUGAGUCUAAAGAUGAGACAUCAGCACAAGCAGCUGCAACUAAUGCUGCUAUACACUUGAUGUUAGGAAGUGCAUUUGGUAUGAAGGUUCCACCACCUGAGUACUCUGGUAUUCCACAAAUAACACCAGAAAAAUCACCUGAAAGUACUGAGGUUAAACUAGAAGAAGGACAAGGUGAUAGCAUGAUUGAAAUUGCUGUUGAAAAGGAACCACCUCUACCCUAUGAAACAAAACCUCCAAAAAAUAAAAGUAAAAGAAAGAAGAAUCGAGCUCAGGGAGAUAUAAAAGAUGAUUCAACAAUUAUGCCUCUUAUCUCUGCCCCUCCAUCAAUUGUUUCCAAUCCUCCAAGCAGAAUUACUGGACCAAUAGAGCUUGAUGAGGAUGAUUUUAAUAAGAAUGAUAGAGAAAAGAAUAUGGGGAGAUAUUCUGGUGGCAGGAGUAGGGGUCGCAUGGAUGACAGAGGACAUUCUGAAGAUAGAGGACGUUUGGCAGAUGAUCGCAGAAUAGGUGAUGAUAGAAGAAGGGGAGAAGAAAUGGAUGACGAUGAUCAUAGUCCUGGUAGAGGACCAUGGCGUAGACCAAGACAUGGCAAAUAUAAAUAUCCUGAUGAUUUUGAUGAGGAGGAUUUUGAGGAUGAUUUUGGUGAUCGUGACCGUGAUUAUGGACGAGAUUAUGAUGAUGGAUUUGGUCCACCCUAUGACAGAGGAAGACCAGGUCCACCUGGGAGAGACUUUGGGCCAGGCCCUAGACCUUAUGGACAGAGGCCAAAUUUUCCUGGGCCUCCACAUGGGCACCAUGGUCCACCAGGGCCACCAGGAUAUGGACCUAGAAAUUUUGGACCAGAUGGACCAUAUGGACCAGAAGGUCAUGGAAAUUAUGGACCCCAUGGUUAUGGGCCUGGGCCAAUGAUGGGACCCAGGGGUCCACCACCCAUGGGUCCUGUAGGACCUCCAAUGGGACCUGGGGGUCCUCCGAUGGGACCUGGUGGACCACCACUUGGUCCAGGUGGACCACCUAUGGGACCUGGAAAUUUUCCUCCACAUGGAUAUGGAAUGGGACCAGGGCCACCACAGGGACCUGGUUAUCAAGGACCACCUGGACCUCCAGGGCCUGGGUUUCCUCCACCACCACAAGGACCAUGGCAAGGUGAAGGGUUUCCACCACCACCUCAAACAAAUUUUAAUAUGCCUAAUAUACCACAGCCUCCGCAGACUUUUUCAGGUGAAGUGUUUCAUGGUGAGGGAUUCAAUCCAGCAUUUCAAGGUAUUCCUCCACCUGAGGCUGCUGCUGCUAAACCACAAAUAGCCCAAGAAUCUGCAGAAAAGCUCAUUGCCAUGGGUAUGAAUCCAGAUUUAGCAAAAAUUUUGGAUGCUGAUAAUAAAAGCAGACCUAGGUCUGAAUCUAGUGGAGGAACACCAAAAAAGAAAUCCAAAAAGAAAAAAAAGAAAGGAGAUUCUGAGAGGGUAUCAGAUGAGCAAAGCUUUGAAUUUGAUGAAGUACCAUUGCCAAUGUCAAUUCCUUUACCAGAUGAUGUCCCUCUACCACCUGAACCUAAGAAAAAAAAGAAGAAAAAGCGUGACAAAGAUCUUGAAAACGUCAUGUUUCCACCACCUCCAGAUGCUGUGCAAAUAGUUGGACCAGCUCCUAAACCUGCUACUCCACCGAUUCCUGUGCUGCAACCUGAACAACCUGUGUCUUCAACAGUUAUAGGCUCUGCUGAUAUGCCACAACUUCCAGCUGAAGCAUCAUCAGCUUCUUCCCUAUUUCAGCAGCAACCUACACAGAGUAAUACACAACCACAACAUCCACAAUUACAGUCAUAUUCAUCAAGCCAAAUAAAAGCAUUUGAAGAUCAGCCCCCAUUACCAGUUUCUUCCUCCUUACAUCAAAUGACAGCAAUUUCCCCAGCUGUUUCACAAGGCUUUAGUGGACAACCAAUGACAGAGGUAGCUCAGACACUACCUAUUUCAACUCAUCAGCAGUUGACUGAAGAUGGAAUUUCAGGGCUUCCAGGAGCGAAGUCUCUUGGACAGUUUGUUCAGGGAACAACUCAAGUAACUGGACAGCAGGCUCAACUGCAACAGGUUUCUCAAGGUCAGGUACUGGGAGUUGCAGCUACAACUCCACAACAGCAGGUUGUCCAGAUUACACCACCAACAGGAAACCAACAAAUUGUACAAAGUGUUUCUGUUGUGCAAAUACCAAUUCAGACUGUGACACAACCUUCUCAAUCUGCAAGGAGAUCCAGGUUUGAUCCUAAUUGGACACCUCAACCUGUAGCACCACCAGCAGUAGUUUCAAUAACUCCUUUAAAGCAAACUAAUCAGGUGCCUGUUGUUUCCCAGCAAGAGACGGCUUCUUUAGCGCAGGUUUCUAAGAUACAGCAGCAGCAAGUCACAGUUCUAACACAAGCUGUUCAGAAUACAGCAGUUAUUCAGCAACAAGAAGUUCCAGUUUCGAACAUUUUGCAGGCACCAUCUGAUCAACAAGUCCAGCACUUGAGCAGCACCAUACCACCAAACACUAUGAAGUCAGAAGAAGAUGUACCUUAUAUUGAAGACAAUCAACCUAUGCCAACUAAAGAUGAUGCUGGAAAAGAUGAAUCAGCGGCAAUGGAAACAGAUGAAUCCGAAACGUUAAUUGAAUCAGAGUUGAAAUUUUCUGAGGACCAAGUUACUGAUGGUGAAGGAUAUCUGUACUAUGAGAAUAAGUCAUCAGUUAAGGAGGAAAGUGCUUUGGAAUCACAAACUCCAAAAGAACCUGUGACAGCUUCCCAAUUGCUGGAAAAAUUUAAGCAAAAGCGACAGCUAAAAAAGACAGAUAGCAAAACUGAAUUCACAAAAUUUCCAGUUGUUUUGCCAACUCCACUUUCACAGCAAACAUCUGUGAAAGAUGAAGCGAAAGCCCAAGACAAAGGCCAGGGUAAAUUCACAUUUGCUAUCAGGAAGCUUAAACAAUUAGAAGCAGAAAAGGAGGAGGAAGAGAAACAAGUCUUAACAGCCUUAUCAACCGAAGAGGAGCAAAAGAAAGAAUUGUCAUACAGAGAGAUACAAAAAGAAAGUAGUUCAGAAAAGAGGGAAAAACAUUCAAAAGAGAAAGACUUGGAGGGAAAAUCAAAAUCACUUUUUAAAGAGAGAAGAAAGAAAUCAAAAUCUGUAUCUCCAGAUCAAAGAUCUCUAUCAAGAUCAGAUUCAAGAGAAAGAAAGAAGUAUAAGAAACAAAGAAGCAUUUCCCAUGAAAGGAGCAAAUCAAGAGAAAGGAAAAAAUCAACCGAGAGAAGCAGAUCUAGAGGAAGAAGGAGUAAGUCAAGAGAGAGGAGCAUUUCAAAAGACCAAUCUAAAAGGAGAGAUAGGUCACUCUCUCCAUGGAGAAAAGAUAGAGAAUUUUUUAAACGCUAUGGGCGUUUUCCUAGACCUGGAGAAGCAGAUAGUAUAAAACAUGAAAGCAACACAUCAAGAGAAAGAGGAAGAUUCAAUGAUAGAAGUAACGAAAGAGUUAGACCUGGUAGAAACCAGGGUUCUAGAAGAAGCCGAGAACGCAGUAUAGAAAAGAGCUGGGAGUAUAAGUCUAGAGAAAGGGAAAGGGAAAGUAGGGAUAGAAAGUCAAGGGAAAGAGAUGCUAAAGAUGAGGUUUAUAGAGAAAGAGAUAGUAAAGAUAGGAGGUCAAGAGAAAAGAGCAGAGAAAGAAUAUCUAAAGAAAGGGGCAGUACUGAAAGAGACAGAAGAGGUGGUGCAAAAAAAGAUAGAAAACAUAUAAGAGACAGUGAAGAUAAAGAAGUUAAACAAAGCAGAGACAGAAAAAGUAAAGAGAAAGAUCGAAAGAAGAAGAAGCAGAAACAUAGAAAAGAUGAGAGUAGUUCUAGAAGUGACUCAAGCAGCAGUAAUAGUGAUUCAGAAGAGGAAAAAAGGAAAUCUAGGAAGAAAAAAAAGGAACGGAAUUCAAGAAGUUCAAGUGAAGGAUUUCAGAGAAAAGAAAAAGACAGAAAUUUAUCAGUUGAUAAAAAGAAAAGUAGAAGCAGAGAUAAAAGCUUUACUUUAGAUAUUGAAAAAGAAUCAGUAGUUGUUAAGACAGAGCCAACAGAGGAAAUGGAAACUGAUGUUAAAGACAAUUUAUUCAUAGAAACUGCAGACAAGAAAGGAAGGGGUAUAUUUGAAGAUUAUGACAGAGAUAAGCAGAGAUUUUCUGAGAUUUCAGGAGACAAUGAUAAUAAUGUAGAAAUGGAAACAAGUGAUUAUCUGACAAAAGAAAAAAGAAGUGAGAAACAAAAAAUCAGUCAUUCUUCAUCUUCAGAAGAUGAAAAAUUAAUGUCUAAAAAUUCUUGGCAGAAAAGAGCUUUGACACCAGAAGAAAAAGACAAAUUAAGUCGGCGGUAUAGUGAAGACAAGGAAAUAUCGAGGCAGUAUGAGAAAGAGAAAUACAAGGAUAAAGAUAGGGGAAAAGAAAGGAUCACAGAUGAUUCAGAUGGAAGAUUGAAAUCCUAUAAAGAUGACAGAAGAGCUGUAAGAGAUGAUACAAGUGAUUUUUCUAGAAAUGAAAGAAGCAGACAUAGAGAUGAAGAAGACAGGUCAAGUUAUAAAAGGGGUAGAAAUGCUCGAGAAGACAGGUAUAGAGAAACAAAAGAAGAAAAAUACAAGAGAGAUUAUGAACAGGAUAAGGACAAAGAAGGUAAAAGGUAUGAUAGAAGAGAUGAAGGCGAUUUUGAAAAGGAACGUGAGGGGAGAAGAAAGUAUAAGGAUUAUGACAGUGAUAGUGGAGACAAUUACAAAAGCAGUAGAAAAGAUGACAGUAGACAAAAAAGACAUGAAGAUAGGCCAAGUCGAGCUGAACUUGUUGAGCAUUCAGUUGCUAAAUCAAAAUGGGACAGUGGAAGUGAAAGUGGUGAUGAUUAUGAAAAGACUCACAAUGAAGAAUUGCUGCCUGCUAGAAGUAGCUCAGGUACACGCUCAAGAAAAGAGGAUGCUUCAUCAAAAAAUUUAUCCGGAACUGUGAAGUUAGAAAUAGAUAUAAGUAAGAUCAAUCAAUUGAAAUUGCUGAAUAAGAUGAUGAAAGCUAAACAACAAAGGGAAUCAGUAAGUGAUCAAAGUAGUGAUAGUAGUGAUGAAAAUGAUUCCAAGUCUAAGAGAAAACAGAAAAAAGACAAAUCAUCUAAAAAGAAAACUAAGAAAGAAAGGAGACAUGCAGAUUCUGAAAGUGAGAAUGAUGAUUCACCAAUAAAGCAAAAGAAGAAAAAGAAAUCCAAGAAAAAGAAAAAAAAUGAUGACUAUGAUAGUGAUGAGGAUGGUAGUCAGAAAAAAGAUAAAAGGAAACACUCUGGCAAACAUGCUAGUUCAGAUUCUGAUUCCAGUGACGAUGAAACAAAGUUAAGGAAGAGAUACAAGGAAUCAAAAAAAUUAAAGAAAUAUGAAUCUGAAAGUGAUGAGUCUCUAACAAGAUCAAAGAAAUCAAAAGAUAAAUUGAAAAAAGUCAAGGAAAAACGAUAUGAAAGUUCAGAUGACUAUGAAUAUAAAAAGAAAGGCAGCGAUAAGAGAACCAAAAAGUCACAAUAUCAAAGUGACAGUGAAGAAGAAAAAAUAGCAAGAAGAAUUAAAGAUAAACCGAAGGAAUAUAAAGAAACCGAAAAGAAAACUAGAGAUAAAUAUACUAAGCAAGACAUUUUUCAGCAAAGUGAAGAUGAAACUAGAUACCAUAAGGAAAGAGAAAAACAAAAAAGACGACCGUCUAGAGAAAGUGAAAGUAUGGAUGAUGAUAAAGAUUAUUCUAGACAAAGAUACAGGUCUAAAGAGAAGCAAAAGAAAGAAAUUAAAGGAAACAAAAAAUCAAAAAAAGGCAAACGACAUUCAGAAGAAAGUGAAUUGAGCGAUGAUGAUGUUCAGAGAAGAAAAAGAAACAGGAAACCCAAAGCAAUAGAACAAAAUGAUAGUGAAUCUAAUGAAGAUAACAGUAGAAAGAAAAGAAAAGAUAGAAGUGAUUCAGAUGAUGAUUACAGGAGAAAGAAAGGAAAAAGCAAAGAAAGACAAAAAUACAACAGUGAUGACAGUGAUGAUAAAUUAACUGAGGUCACGAAAGGAAUUAAGAAGUACAAGGAACAUCAUAUUGAUAAGGAUUCUGAUGUGAGGAAAAAGAAACGUAGCACAAGUAAUGAAAAGGAAGAAAAGGGAUACUCUGGUAGGAAACAACAGAGAAGUGAUCCAGAAAGUGAUACUAAUAUUAAAGGUUCAGUUAGUUCGUCUAAAGAAAGAAAAUUGUUUUUAAAGGAAAAAAUUCUUGUAGAAGAGAAGCGUAGUUUGAGUAAAGAGAAAAGGAAUUUGAAUGAUUUUGACACAGGAAAGCUGAGAAAAAGAAGUAGGAGCCCUGACUCACAAAGCAAAAGUAGGAGUAGAUCCCGAAGUAAAGUUUUUAAAUUAGAAAAGAAGAGGGAAAGGAAUCCUAGUGAUAGUGAUUCAGGGGAAGAUCAAAGUCCCAGACAUAGAGAUGACUCUUCAAGUGAUGAAAAACGAUCAAGGCGGAAAUACGAAGAGAGACAAAGAAGCAGAGAUAGAGAGAGUAGAAAAAGAAGUGAGAAAAAAAGUGUAUCACCAAGAACUGAUGAUAGAUAUGCAAGAGAAAGUCGAAGCUCAAAUUGGCAAGAAAAAGAAGUAAAUGUGAAGGAUAGAAGGAACAAAGAUAGGGAUGAAAGCUAUGAUGAAGAUUAUAGGUCAAGAAAGAAAAGAGAAGUAGAUAAGGAAAAACGCAGGUACAGUUCAAGUAAAAGUGGUGACUCUUCCAGUUCUAGCUCUAGUUCUGAAAGUGACAUUGAAAAGAGGAGAAAACAUUCAAAACAGACCGGUCAAAAAAACGUGAAAGCUGGGACAGGUUCCAAAAUGGGGCCUGUCCCAGGUACUCCCCAGACAGUAGAAAAUACAGACAUUGAAGAGGCAAAUAUUUCAAACAAUAAUUUGAAUGAAGAAGGAAAGAUUGAUAAAGAAGAAUUUGAAACUAUUUCUGAUGCAAAUGUAUGUGCAUCAUCUCGAGGGAAAUUAAAUUCUGAAAUACCUUCAGUACCAAGUGAUAAUAGUGAAAGUGAGACUGAUAUAUUUAGUAAAGAUGAAAAGUUAUCCAAAAAGCAUUCAAAGAAAAAGGAUAAGAAGGAAAAAGAAAAGAAAAAACACAAGAAAAAGAAGAAAAAAAAGAAGAAAAAAUCUGGGAACAAUGCAGAUAAAACUGACAAACUGAAUUCUAGUACAGACAGUUUUCGUUCCGUAAAUAAAGAAGAUAAGGAUUCUGCAGUAUUUAAAGAUAGUGAAAAGCCUCCUGAAGAGAAGGAGAAGUCAGACUUUGGACAGGAAUCAAGAAAAUCAAACCUUAAUCAAUCCAGACAUAAAAGUCUGCUUGUAGACUAUGCAUCAGAUAUUGACUCAUCCUCACCUAAAGAAGUGAGUAAAGAAAAAGUAAACAAAAAUAUACCUGAAUUGUUAGACAACCAUAAAGAAGAGCCAAUGGAAACUGAUCAGUGUCGAAAUCCAGGAGAAACAAUGGCACAGUCACAAAAAGCAAAAGCAAGAAUCAGUUUUAGGCUUAGUGGUGAUACUGAUACAAGCACAAACUUGAACAUGUCAGAAGAUGAAGUAAAAACUGAUAUUGAGAAGAAAAAUGUAUCCGAAGAUAAUGGAAAUAGUGCAGAACAAAAAAAGCAAGAAACUUGUAAGGCUGACUUAUAUGACCCUUUUGAACAUUUGAAUAACAGUUCUGAAUCAGAUUCUGAAGAACAUAAUAACAAAUCUGAUUUGUUUGAAAAUGUUGCUAGAUCAAAAUCAGAAAAACCUUUAGUUGUCUCUUCUCAGUCAUCCAUGUUUUCAUCUAAAACUCUACCAGAUAUAGGAAUUAAUACAUCUGUGUCAAAUUUAAAUGUUCAGCCUGUUGUUUAUCCAUUUCAAGCACUACAUUCAGUAAUUGCUCCAGUGCCUGCACCAGUUGGGGUACCUGCUCCCUCCAACCACCAACAGUCCAUAAUUCAGAAUGUUGUUAAUCCACCAUCAACUAUUGCACAACAAGUUUUACCUUCAUCACAUGCAUUGAAUAUUCCACCACCUACAGUUACUAUACCAAACCUCGGAGUAAUUCAAAGAAGUAUUGACUCCAGUACUAAAGAACAGACAAAUACUUCAAGUGUUACAUCUGAUAAGCUUGACUUAAAAUAUUCAGGAUCUGAUGCAAAGAUUGUACCUAAAUUGAAGCAAGUUCAAAUAAAGACAUUUAUUCCAAAUGAAAAAGAUAAACUUAAAACAAAAAUUAAAUCAAGAUGGGAUACUGAUGAUCAGAAAAAAGCAGAGCAGGAAAAUAAUCCUGAUAAUGAUGAUUUAUACGAUCCAUUUUCUGUAGAUUCAGACUCAACACCAUUAUCAAGUCCUAAAGUUGAGAAGCAUAGAGACAUUGAAAGAGAAACAACUUCUGUGAAAGGAAAAGAUGCAGAUUUAGAUAGUACUGACCUUGUUAUAGAGAAAAUUCCAAUACCAGAUGAGAUUGGUGAAUCAGUUAAUCAGCAAGCAUUUUCGUUUGUUCCAAACGUAGCUGCUGUAAGUAAUCUCCAUAGUUCUUCUCAAAGGACAGAAGGGCAGAAGAUAACGAUGAAAUUUACCACUGGUAGGAAAAUUAUUGGAAAGUCUGCAAUAAUGGUGGAAGAUGUAGAAGAAACAGAUGAACUAUCUCAAAUGCCUAAACUAAAACUCAGUACUCAUGCUGAGGAGAUAACAGUUUCUGAAAAUCAACCAGCAAAGAAAAGUUUUUACGAAACAAAAAAGGCUUUGAAGAAAUCCAUACAAGCUGCAGAAGUUAUAGAGAAACAGUUAGAGAAGACUGAUACAGAUAUUGAAAUGAAUAAAGAUGAAGAGUGUGAAGAUAAAAAAAUUAUACAUCCAAUAAAACAUAUGUCGAAAGUGAGAAGCAAUAGUAUGUCAAAGGAAAAAAGUAAGAGCCGUUCAAGGGAAAGGCACAGGAGUUUGUCUAAAGAAAGGGAUAAAUCAAAAACUAGAGAAGCAAAUGUAGGUUAUAAUUACAAAAGAAGUGUAUCAAAAGAAAGAGGAAGAAGUGGUUCAAGAGACAUAAAGGGAAAAGCUCACCAUAAUAGAAGUGUUUCAAAAGACCGUGAAAGAAGUUUAUCUCAUGAACGCUUUCAAAGUACAUACAGAGAAAAAACGAGGGACAGAAGAAGAAGAAGUUAUUCUAGAGAUAAACAGAAAGGGAAAAGAUCAUCUCGGGAUAGAAGUUUGUCCAGGGAACACAAGUGCAGGAGUGAAACAAGGGAGAGAAGAACUAGAAGAAGCUCUUCACAUGGGAGAACAAGGCACAGGAGUAAUUCUAGAGAAAGAAGGAAAGCGAAAAGUAAAACUCCAGAUAAACAUUCUAAUAGAAAUAGGAGAUCCCUCGAUGAUAGACAUGAAAGAAAUGCUUCUUCAAAAAAUAGAAGAAAGAAAGUAAGUAAAUCUAGAAGUAAGUCUUCAAGCACUGAUAGAGACAAGAAACGCCCAAGAAAGAGAACAAAACAAAGAAAAGGAAGCUCUUCUGGAAAUGAAUCUAGUGACAGUUCUGAUGUUGAGUCUAGUUCAAGUGCAUCUGAUGAUGAAGACAGUGUUGUAAGGAUGAAAAGGCAUAAUGACAGAACAUCUUUGGAUGAGAUUUCAGUAGUGGAAAAAGGAAAUAAAAAGAAAUCAGAAAAUUUUAAUUUUGAAAAAGUUGCAUUAAUAAGGUCAGAUUCUGUAGAUGGUUCAGAGCAAAAGAAUUUACUUAAAAAAUCUGAUAUUGACAUUAACAAGUCAUUAGCUGAAGUAGGACUUCUAGAAUCAGAAUCAUCAGAAAAAAUUACCAGAAUAUCUCCCCAUCGGGAUGAGAAAAAUGAUUUUAUCGAUGUUGAUGCUGAAAUUAGUUUUAAACUUUCAACCAGUAUAUCAACUGUAAAGUCAAAUCUGGAUUCACCUGCUGAACAAGAAGCAAAAUUAACUUCUCCCACAGCUGAACAGUCUGAAAGGUCAAAUUUGUUUGAACAAUUUUCUCCAGUGAAGAUUCAUGGACAAUUAACCAAUGUCAAAGCUUCUGAUGAUUUUAAAGAUAAUGAUAAAGGUAUAUGUGAUGACUUAGAAGGUUCUUGGGGACAAACACCAACAGGAUUAUUUAAAUAUUCCCCAAAGAAAAAAGAUUUAAAAGAGGAAGAAACGGUGUCUGUUGAAAAGUUAUAUGAUUUGUCUAAAACAAAUGUAAGAAGUGAGUCAUCGUCAUUUUUUAAAGAAAAAGAACAGUUGCUCAAAUAUAAUAGUGAUGAGGAUGAAAAUGAAAAUGUCCAAUCGGGUAGGGAGGAAGCUCAACAAGAACCAGAACCCAUUAAUGUAGAGACUAAGAGAUUGACUAGAAAACAAGCUGCUGCUCAGAAUGUCUCUUUGCCACCAGUAAUGAGCAGAGAUAUGCCCAGCAGAGGGAGAAAAGAACGAAAACUUUCUUUGGAUGAUAAGCUGGGCUCUGAAUCACCUGUUCUAAAUGAAUCAGAAAAAAACUUAAACAGUUUUGAUCAAAUUAAAACUAUCAAUCCAAAAAAGGGACGCAUCAGCCAAAAUGAUAAAAAACAAGAUUCGGUUCAGGAUGUACCAACCAAACAUAUUCUUACAGAAGAGAUUUUAGGUCAAAAACAAAAGUCAAAGACUUCAACAUUGUCCACUGAAGUUGAAACUCCACUUGUGCCUGUGCCUCAAUAUCAAACAGAGAUAGUUGGUGACAGAAUUGAGGACAUACCAAUUCCAACUUCAAGCAUUGAUGAAAAUGAGAAUACGGUUGGAUCAAAAACGAGCAAAUCUAGUGGUAAGCUCGGGGAAACUAGUAAAGAAACAAUUGAGACAGUGGACAUGGAACUAGAUGAACCUGAAGAGACACCCCAAAAGAUAGAAAUUGUUCAGAUGCCUACAGACAAAGAUUUGAAACAUGAUAUUAAAGUUCUUGUGUUAACGGAUAAGAAACCAUCUGAAGAGUUACGUAAAGAAGAGGCAAAAAGAUUACUCCAAGAAACAUUCCUGAAAGAUUCUGUUAAGGGUUUUUCGCUUAAGUUACAACCAAAUGUAUUGAAAAAACCUAAGAAAAAGUUGACAAGUCAGAUGUUGGAAGAUGUUUUUGACACUGAAAGCUCACUUUCUGUUAAACCAAAAAUGAGUUUUAAAUUGUCUGAUGACCCAAUUAAACCUCUUUCAUUUGGACCUCCUGAAUUUCAUAUUUUACCUAAACCACCUAUACUUACAACAGCUGUUGCAUCAUUCAAGCCCUUGUCUGAAGAAAGAAAUUCAUCAUCCAACAGCCAACAUUCUGAAAAUGUCAUUGAGGUAAUAGGCCCAACAAAUUUAAGUGCAAGUUCAAGUCAAAGUGACAACAAGUCAGAUGAUAAAAAGAAAGAAGAAGUUUCUUCAGACGAAAAUGUAUAUAUUUCACAGCAUUCAGCACCUAGCACUUCAAAUGUGCAAAUUAUUUCUGAAUCUGCAGAAGCUGGGGAAGCCUUACAAGCUCCUCAUUCUGAAGAAGUAAGAAAAGCUGAAAAUAUUUUAAAAACUUCUCAAAUCAGUCCAGAACAGAUUGGAAAAGCAAUCCAGGUUAUAGGGCAAGAAAACUUACGAAGACUUGAAGUGUUACAAAGAAGUGCAAAAUUACUUCAAGGUAAAAAGAUUGAGGUUGUUGGUCAGAGAGUGGAUACAACAAAAGUAACAGCUUCAACUCAUGUAUCUGGAAGUGUUUUGAUACAUUCAGGAUCUCAUGAAAAUCCUAGUUUUGAGAGGAGUUAUGAUGAGGCAGAUCUUGGACAGCUUGAACAAGAAAAGCAAGAACUAUUAAAGAAGCUUCAUACUCAGGACACAAAUCCUGGUUUGGAUCUUAGCAGUUCCUUCAGUGAAAGUCCAGUAUUUCAUGGACAGAUAGCUAAUAGUCAAAGUUCUGAUGGUCAAGAAACAGAAAGCAGUAUAGCAAAUUUACAAAGGGAUUUUGAAAGAAGUGCUGACAAAAAGUACAGAAGAGAUGAUGAUUUUGAAGACAGAAGGGACAAUAAAGGUCACAGAGAUAGGAGGAAAAGUCGUGAUAGUAGGAGUAGAGAAAGAAGCAGGGAUCGAGACACUUACAGGGGAAGAGAUAGAGGAAGAAGUAGAGAUAGGAGCCGGGAACGUGAUAGAAGUAGAGAGAGGAGGCGUAAAAAGAGAUUCAGAGAAGAGGAUAGGCAUAGACCUAGGAGAAGAUCACGAAGUUGGUCAAAAGAUAGAAGAAGUCGCAGUAGGGACAGAAGAAGUAGGAGUCGAGACAGAAGAAGUAGAAGCCGUGAUAGGCGUAGUAGGAGUAGAGGAAGGGACAGAAGGAGCAGAUCAAGAGAUCGUAGAAGUAGAAGUAGAGAUAGAAGAAGUAGAUCUAAAGAUCGCCGUAAAAGCAGAAGAAGCAGAUCUCGGAGUAGAAACAGAAGAAGUAGGAGUCACAGUAGAGAUAGGGACAAGAGAAGGGACAAACCUAAAAGUGAAAAACCAAAAAAGGAGUCUGCUCUAGAAAAAUUUGAAAAGGAACUUGCAGAAAAAAAGAAAGUCUUGUUACAACCUGUAGGGUCCUCCCCUGUUUUGAGUUCUGUGUCACAUCCAAUAGCAACUCCGGCUUCUCAACAACAUCAUUCAUUACCAGAUGCAAGUAAUCAAUUCAUGGAAACCCAUGGUCAGUAUGUACAAGCAGAUCUUAGCUCUGCUCCUCAUUUUUUGCCACAGCCAUUUCCAGUUCACCAACAGAAUAUGCCUAUGUUUCCAUCAAUGCCAGAGCAGCCAUAUUCAGGGUUUCCGGCAGACCCAAACAUAUUCCAGCCCCAACUCAUGGGUCCACAACAACAACCAACAAUGGGACCCCAUUUUUAUCCUGAAGGUAUUCCUCCACACAUGAUGCAAGCACCAAUGCCUCCUGGACCACCACAACCAUUUCCUUUAGGUCCUGGAUUUGGUCCAGGAAUAUUUCCACCAGGACCUCAUCAAAUAGAUCCAAACAUGAUGCCAAUUCAUCAUUCAAUGUCUUUAGAUCAUGGCCAGGCUCAAAUGGGUCAAAAUUCUCAAAUGGAAGGCAGUUCAGGUCCACCUCAUCAUCUUGUUGGACCUCCUUUAGGACAGUGUGAAGAUGGAAUGCACCAAAAGUCUUUUGGAUUUCAACCAUCUGGGUAUCAUCAAUCAGGACAGGAUUCUAGACCUUCAUUUGAACAUCAGAGACAUCUAGAAGUAAAACCUACAGAACCUGAAGAAGAGUAUAAUCGUACCCCAAUACCAGAUUUUAAUGAAGAUGAUGAAGAGCAACUUGAAUUUAAGCAUGGAUUUGGGGGACCUGGCAUACCAGGACAUCCAAAUUUGAGACAAGUGUCUAAAAAUGAGGACAAUGAAAAUGCAUCAAAAGAGAAUAAAAGGAGGAAAAAACGAGUAAGUAGGUUUGAACCAAGGCAAGAGGAUCUUGUAACUAUUGAACCUGAGAAGGAAGCUGAACUUGAUAUUAAGAAACCUGAGUUUGAAGAAAAACUGGAAGAGACGAAGAAAUUUGAUGAAGUAUCCAUUGCAGAGAAAAGUUUAGAGGUUGAAGAUCAUACUGGUUUUGGAAAAUGGGAGCCUGUCAUUCCUGUUAAAAGUGCCACAAUUAGUAAAUUUGAAGAUGGUUCAGAACUUUCUGAAGGGCAGAAUGUAGAAUCAGAAAAACAUAAAGCAGAAUUUGUUUGUAAGCCUGAUGAAGGGGCAUAUGAUGAAGGCACUCCACAAAGUCAGUCAGAGGACAUGUCAGAUUCGGAUGUUGGUGUAGGUAAACCAAUCAAGGUGAAGUCUCGGUGGCGCAGGGCAAGUGAAGCUGAAACGCCACCUCCACCACCACCUCCUAGUAAAAAAUUUGGAAAUGAGCUGGUAAAAGCUGAAAAGGCAGAGGAUGAUGAGGCUAUUCCAAUUGAUUUUGAACUGAUUGAUGAAAACAUAUACUUAGCUGAAAGGAAAAGAUCUAAACAGAUGCGUGAGGUAAGGAGGAUGGUGUGUGACUGUACAACAUGUAAAGAAGAUCGAGAGAUGGGAUACGAUGCCUGUGGUGAAGAUUGUCUCAACAGAAUGCUCUUCAUUGAGUGUGGUUCAAAAUGCCCUUGUGGGGAGUACUGUACAAAUAAAAGAUUCCAGAAAAGACAAAAUGCGACUGUUACACCAUUCAGAACUGACUGGAAAGGAUAUGGUUUGAAAGCUCUGGAAGACCUAGAACCGGGUGAGUUUGUAAUGGAAUAUGUUGGAGAGGUACUAGAUUAUCAGCUGUUUAAGAAACGAUCCAAACAAUACUCUAAAGCAGGCCAGCAACAUUUCUACUUCAUGGCCAUCAAUCCAGAGGAGAUUGUUGAUGCUACAGUAAAAGGGAACAUUUCUAGGUUUAUAAAUCACAGUUGUGAUCCCAACUGUGAAACACAGAAGUGGACAGUGAAUGGAACACUUAGGGUUGGGUUUUUUGUGAGAAAACCUAUAAAGAAAGGUGAAGAGAUCACAUUUGAUUACAAAUAUGAAGUUUAUGGUAAAGAAGCACAGAAAUGUUUCUGUGGUACAGACAUAUGUAGAGGUUGGCUGGGCGGAGAUAAAAGAAUGGAACUACGAUCUACACGAAGAUCUAUCUCCGUAGAUGAGUCAGAGAAGAAAAAGAAAGAACUUUUUGAUGAUAGUGAUAAGCUGGAAGAAGAGAUAGAGAGAAUGUCUGAGCUUCACCAGGGUUUGAGAAACAAGGAUGAUGUAUUAAAUAUGUGCCGUCUGAUGGUGAGAGCAGAAGAUCCCGAACAUAGACUACAAAUUCUCCGUGUACUAGAGAACACUGAACAACAGGGUUGUCUUCGACUGUUCUUAGAUUAUCAUGGUUUACCUUUAGUGUGGUGCUGGAUGGCUGAUGCUAAACUACAAGUCUCAGAUCUUAAACAUAUAAUGUUAAAAGUAUUAAAGAAACUUCCUAUCACAAACAAGACUAUAUUAGAGGACAGUAAAAUCUUAGAUAUUGUAAAGAAAUGGUCAGAACCUGAAGACACUUUAGACAUAUGUGAGGGGUCUGAUGUACUAGAAACUAGUCAAGAAAUUACUGACACUGACAAUACAGAAAAUGACGAGGAAUCCAUGUCCACUCCACCUGUUACCUCGAAUAAAAACCCUGUUUCUAUACUUGCUUCUAUUAGAGAUAAAAAGUCUGUGAAAAAAUCUGUCAAGUUUGCUGAAGUAGAAUCGUCAUCUGACAGUGAAUCUCGUGCUAGUGCGUCAGAGAGUGAUCUCCCUGGAGACAGUGUAGAAGGGGAUGUAACUAGUUCCUCUCAGUCUGCUUCAUCUAGUGUUAAAACAAGGAGACAACUUAGAGAACUGAGGAGAAGAGUGUUAGAGAAAGAUUCACCUGACAUUAAACCAGAGUCUGUGUCACAUGUAACACAGUCUACUGAUGCUGAUAGUUCAUCAGAGAACCAGUCAACAUCUAGCCCAAAGGAUGAAAAUAUAGAGGAAAGUGAAAAACCAUUGGAAGAAAGCAGUGAGGAAAAGCCUGUAGAAUUAAGCGAAGAUAAGACAAUAGAGUUAAGUGAAGAGUCUGAACCAGAAAGUAAAUCAAGUGCUGGCAUUUCUGAAAAGGAAUCUGAGGAAUUAGAGCAGAUAGUAAGAGCGGCUGAAAUAAAGAAUCUAGCUACUGACUUAUUGGAACAUUGGUCAACAUUAAAGGAGAUAUACAAGAUUCCUAAGAAACAAGUAUUAGAAGAAAGGAAGAAGACUGAAAGAGAACUAGAUUCUAACUAUGAGAAAAUUGCUUUAAUUGAAGAACGCAAAAAGAAAGUAUCAGGCUGGGAUACAGUAAAGGGAAGAAAGAGGAAACGAGAGGCUAGUUAUAAAGAGGACACUGAUGAUUCUGAUUCUAACAAUCCUUCCAGGAAAGCAUUGUUACAGACACCACCCAAGAUGAGUAAGUCAGAGCGUCGUCAGUUGUUUGAGGCUCAGGUGAAGGCACAGGAUGAGUUAGCGGCGGAAUACCAGCGUCAUCAGGAACAGAUGCAGCAGGAGCAGUACGAACAGGAACAGUUAAUACAACAACAACAUCAACGUCAACUCAUGCAGGAUCCAGGUUUCUGGUACUAUGCUACCCAAGAUCCAAACUUCUUACCUUCCAUAGGCAUAGAUCCUCAACAGUUCUUACAACAGUUGGCAAUGGAUCCAGUUUUACUUCAACAAUUGAUGGGGACAAUACCUAACUUCCAACAACAGCUAGAACAUCUAACAUUUAUGUACCAGCAGGCUGUACUUCAGGCAAGUCAGUUUGAUAUGUCAGCACAACCAGAGCCAAUGCCUGUACCUGACGAAAAUGAGCCAAUGACAGAACAACAUAUGGCCUUCCUUCAACAGGUUGAGGCUUUUAAACAGCAGCAUUUAGAACCAUCAAAGUCUGCCAUGCCUGCUAUAGAGGAGGAGGAUAUACCCCCACCCCCUUCACCACCCAAGGGCAAGGCAAUAGUUCUACCCCCUAACUGGAAGACUGCCAAAGAUGCUGAGGGCAAACUUUAUUAUUACCAUACUGUUACAAGACAAACCCAGUGGGAUCCACCAAACAUAGAUACAGGUGAACAUGCAGAUGAUAUGGACCUAGGGACACCAACACAAGAUGAUACUGUAUCCAGGUUUUUUGUUGCAUCAAAGUUUGCCUAUAUGGAGUGUGAUCGUGUUGACUCUAACUUGGUGCCGGGUGAUCAGAAGGAAGAGAAAGAGAAAACCACUACAGCUGCUGCUGAUACUUCUAGUGAAACUAAUCGUAAAUUAAAGGAACAGUUUAAAACUAAGAUGUCAUCAUGGAUAGUGUUGUGCCUGAAUCCAUUCCGUAAACCAGAUUGUAAACUUGGACGUGUAUCUUCUACAGAAGAUUUCAAACAUCUAGCUAGAAAGUUGACGCACCAUGUGAUGGCAAAAGAGUUGAAACAUUGCAGACAUGUCGAAGAUCUAGAGGUAAAUGAAAAUGUGAAAUCCAAAGCGAAAGAUUUUGUGAAAAAAUAUAUGACCAAAUUUGGGGCAUCUUACAAAAGAUCAGGGAACUCUCCAACUUACGAAUGAAUAUUCUCUACAGACACAUGAGUAAAUAUGGAACAAUAGUAAUAAGGAUAGCACAUGAGUAAAUGUUAAACUACACAUGAGUUAGUGGAACAACACAUGAAGAAAUGUGAUACAAUAGUAACUAGGCUGACACAUGAGUAAAUGGGAAAACACAUGAGCAGCUAUUACAGUAUGUCUGAGGAGUAAAUGUUACUGUACAUAAAUGUAUGUGAUAACACAUGAGUAACUGUUACAAGAUAGGUACAGAUUAUUGAGGGGGUAACAGCUGUUUAUACUUCAUAGUAUGUUUGUCA